CAACCGCACACCAACCGUCAAACGAGUCGGAGUCGAUCCGGCUAUGGAGCAGCUUGUACGUGUGUGUGUGUGUGCCUGCCAGAUGAACUAACCGGUUCGACGACAGUCCAAGGUCCUCGCUUCUCACUAUCUCUCUCCCCCUGUUCCACUGGGAUUGCGGAUGCGGAGGAUUCGUUGGUUUGCUAAUUCGGAAAUUGUUUAACAGUAACAGCAGAAGGAAAAGAACAAAAAUAAUCUCGCACAACAUUAUACCGGUACCAUACGUUAUAUGUUUGUAUGCGUAUGGGUGUACGGAAGCGCACCAUAAUGCACGACCUUUAGACAUUAGCAGACGGCUGGCUACCAUAGACGACUCUUCCGCUGCAAGGAAGAAUCAAUGCAACGUGGCCUGCGCAUCUUCCUAUCCGACCAUUUCCAAAUACCCCCGGGGGGGGGAUUUAGUGCUUGGAUCAUGAAUCCCAAAAUAAACAAUCCGGUUUUUUUUUCGGAUGUACCGAUAGCAAAACCGGAAUGCUUCGAAAACUGAGCCAAAACCUGCUUUUUUCCGUGUAGUACACAUGAUCCGCGAGUGUGAAGGAGAACGAAGCGUAUCGUGCUGAAGUUGGUUACCGGUUACGUGCGAAUGCUAAGCGGAUGAUAACGAUCGCUUAUCGCGUGCACUGCUCUAGCAAGUAGCUGAUCGUCGUAGCGUCCUGCACGGAACGAAUACCAACCAAUGCCGGCAGCUACCGUUUAGCACUGUGGCACUGUGUUUGGUGCAAUCGCGAAGAAUGUGCUAAUGAGCGCUAUUCUGGAUUACCGCGGUAGUGGUGCGCACGAUGGUUGCGUGUGUUCGGGAUCCGUCGCUGAUCGUGUCAGCUUACGAGCUGGCUAGGAUGCUGGUAGCGAUCCACACGGAAACCGCACUUCGUUCGAACAAGCAGAUAAAGUACAGAGCAAAGAUUUAGCAAAGAACAUAAUGCGGCGACGACGGCACUCUCGAACUGUGCCUAGUUUACCAGUGUUGUGGACUUGCUACCGUCACGGUGCGGGUCAACCGUUGCUUCUUCACACCGUCAUCCUUCUGGUGUUUAUCCUGCUUGGUGCCGUGACUGGGAGUACGGGUGAUUUUAACUUCCCAUCCGAAUCCGAUAGCCUCUACGAGGGUGACAAAUGCAAUCUGCCGGGUUCGCGGACAGGUACGUGCCGGAAGGCGGCGUUAUGCCCGCAGGGAAUACGCUCCAAUGGUGCCCGGUGCGAGUUCGCCGGCAAUGAUCCGGUGGUUUGCUGUCCAUCCGAUACCACCGAAGGUACCAGCAACCGCAUCACGACCCGGAUCGCCAAACAGGAGUGCGAACGCUUACAGAGUGGUUCGGCGGACCUUUCCGAUCAUUUGUCCGGGCGGCGGCUGGAAGCAAGCCUGGGCGAGUUCCCCUUUAUGGCGCUGAUAAUAUUUAACGGUGAAGAGCAUGAAACAACCAGGUGCGGUGCGUCACUGAUCUCGAAACGGUUCCUGCUAACGGCGGCCCACUGCUUCCGGGACGCAUCGCCCGCUAAGGUGCAGCUCGCGAUCGUCAAUCUGAACGACAAGGAGAAGGACGAGUAUACCGUCCGGCAGCUGCACACGCACGAGGGUUACCGAUCGCGGCAAAACGAUAUAGCACUGCUGGAGCUGGAGGAGGACGUCGUCUACCAGCGGGACGUUGGCCCGAUCUGUCUCAAUACGGAUAUAAACGAUAUUGGACCGACGGUCAAUCUUACCGUGAUGGGCUGGGGCACCGAUGGCGACGGUCAGAGCACCAGUAAGCUUUGGAAGGCAACGGUAAACGAGGUUUCGCUCGACAAGUGCCAGGAGAUGUUCCGUUCAGCGAAGCUGUCCAAAACUAUCAACGAGGAUCAGCUGUGUGCGCUAGGCGAGAAAUGGAAUGAUGAGUUCACGGACGCCUGUGGGGGCGAUUCCGGUGGACCACUGAUUAUGCGAGUGCGGCAAAAGUUCUAUCUCGUCGGUGUUGUGUCGACCGGUGCACCGUGUGGUUCUCCGAUACCUGGCGUCUACACACGCGUCACCCGCUACCUGGACUGGAUCGAGCAGCGCGUUUGGGGCAACCAGAGCUGAGUGAGGUGUCAGACGUACCGCGGGGGCACGCUGAAACGUUCACCGAAGUGAGCUACAGGACCUAACACCAACCAUACAGAUAGCGUAAUGUAAUGUAAGGCAGCGAAUGCAUCUACGAAUUGAUGUAUCGUAAAUGUAAAAGCAAUUUUGAGAUCACAACUCGGAUACAGAAGUUGAGAACAAUAAUGAGUUACGAAACGUUAGGCGUUAGCGUA